GCUGACGCCAAGUCAACGUGGACAGUAACGACACUCAUAGCACGAUGAAUAGGUUCGUGUUAGUUUUCGCGGUGUUCACCGUUUCUGUGGCAUAUUUGAAACUCGCUGAAUCAUCAGGCGACUUAGAUUUACACAAAGUCGAAGUACCCGAUGAAAUAGAUGAGGAUAGAGAAGACGUGGAUAAAGUUGCAUCUGCGCAAGGGAAUGCAAAGGCUAUGAACAACUUUAACAUGGGUAGACCUCACCCGCAAGUUUCAGUCCAACAGAACACAAGACCUGCACAAAUUGUGAUAGACGUGGUGGAAUGUUUCGUCUGUACUGAUUGUCCAAAGUUAUACGAGAAUACAACAACGAAAUUAUGUCCACACACACUCGAUGUUACAAGAGAGAAAAGAUGUGUAAUGUAUGCAGAGAGAUAUAAACACAUGAAGAGAUCGUGGUACAUUCGUGGCUGUGCUUCCGAGAGAGGUUCAUGUGAAGACAUCAGGAAAGCUCACGAGGGACAUGGAGAUAUUGUUCAAUUAUUACAUUGUCAUGAAUGUUUCGGUAAUAAAUGUAACACCAACAGCGGUUUCCGAUCCAUUUCUGAUAUAACUUUAGCCCUGUUCACUAUUAUUGUAAGUCCUAUUGCUGUUAAAUAUACUGUUUCUUAAAUAUUAACAGACUGCAGUUGAAAACAACUAAAACACUCACGUAUAUUCGUCCGGUGGCGGCACCGAUUAUUUUCGAGCCCUUCGGGGGCCCUUCAUCAGGCUGAAUGGGGAAUCAUUGGGGUGAGUGGACGAAUAUACGUGAGUGUUAGAGCCGUUUUUAUAUAAGUUUAUUAUAAUGUCUUACCAAAGUUUGAAUAAUUUAAACUGCAGUUGUUUCAAACUCAAAGUAUAAAAAAAUUUAACUAUGUGUUAAAUUUUAGUGGCAUGCCUCCAACGGACUUUGAUACAAUGUUAAAGAAAGCAAGUCUCGUUAGUUACCUCAUAGUUUACUUUAAAAUGUUGUUUUAAAAUAAAGCGAUUUGUACAAUGAAAUUUUCGAUGUUU